AUGGUCGGUCCUAACAGCAUCGAUCCAAGGAUAGAGUUACGGGAGCUACCUUCCUCUGAUCUUCCGUACGAUGAAAAAAUGGAUUACACAGUCGCCACGUGUGAUGAGUUCCUGAUUCCUAUGUGUAAUUACUGGAACAAGGAGACAGCGCUCUGGAAUCCGUGGUUGAGACAAGUUAUAAGGAUCGAGUUCGAACCAUUCUUAGUGUCCGGCUUCGGAUACGAUAAUACUAGUCGUGAAAAGGUUUACAAGAUGUUAGGCGUGUUUCGUUGUCGCAAUAAUGUCCAGAGAGGUUACCAGGAGAGAGUUGCGAUAUACUACUGUGCAACUAACACGUUCAAGUUUCUAGAUAUACCUGACGAGGACUUGUCCAUAGCUCACACAGUUACGCGACGAAGUGUGUUCUUGAAUGGGAAUCUCUAUUGGGUUAGUUAUAAUCACCAGACUCCUUAUGAGUACUUUAUCUUAAGCUUUGAUUUCUCUAGGGAAGUUUUCAAGCCUUUUUGUCUCCGUCCAUGUCUACGGAAAGAUAUAAGCGAUCAGCUUAUCCUCGCGGUUUAUAAGCGAGAUCGGUUUUCCUUGUUAAAGGGAUGCUACAAAACUAGGAAUAUUGAGAUUUUGGUAACGAAGAAAAAUAUCGAGAGAUGUGAAGAGGAAGUGGUGUGGAUACACUUGAUGACUUUGCCAACAGAUAACUUGCCAUCAAGGGUCUUUUUUAUGUCUGAUUGCAUUAGUUACUUGGUCUUUGACAAGACCAUAUUCAUGUGUUGUGGCGGAUGUGGAAGUAAAGUUGCUUGCAUCUAUAUUGUGAGGAAAGAUCUGUGCAAGGAGUUUCAAAUAGGUUCUGAUAAGUGUUCUCACUGUGUUUACACUCCCAAUUUUAUAUCGCUUCCUUUACUUAGAAAUUAG